AAGGAAGCGGCUUAGGACUCGAUUUACAUUUAAAAAAAAAAGUGGCAUUUCUCAAGUUUCUUUCUUUCUUCCUUCUCGACAAUUCUAUUACCAUACUUUCUGUUUUCCAUACCUCUCCUUCCAGCGAACAGCAAAACAGUUAAGCCAAUAAAAUGGCGCUAUGGAUGGAAACAGGCUCUGAACCCAAAACUGAAAGUGAGAUCGCUGACCUUCAAGCCAUUUCUGCCCUCAAAGAAUCAGCUGCUCUCGAACUCAAGGAGAAAGGCAACGAGUUUGUGAGAAAGGGAAAAAAGCAUUACCCAGAAGCGAUCGACUGUUACAGUAGAGCCAUCAACCAGAAUGCUCUAAACGGCCCAGACACCUCCGUUUUAUUCUCAAAUAGAGCUCAUGUAAAUUUACUUCUCGGAAAUUACCGCCGUGCCCUCUCUGACUCUCAAGAUGCCAUUAAACUCUCCCCUGAAAACGUUAAGGCGUAUUAUCGAGCUGCCAAAGCGUGUCUGUCGUUGAAUUUGUUGUCCGAGGCGAAGUCUUAUUGUGAAAGUGGAAUUGAAAAAGACCCAAGUAAUGAGGAGUUAAAGAAACUGGCAAAGCAGGUUGAUUUGAAGAAGUUGGAACAGGAACAGCGUGAAGCUCAAGUAUCCAAGGCUCUUGUAGAGGCUAAGGACCUUGUUUCUGCUAUAGAAGAUCGAAGGUUGAAGCUUGGGAGGGCAAUGUAUAGAGAACUUAUCGGACUAAGGAAGCCGGUGUUGGAUAAAAAUGGAAUUCUUCAUUGGCCUGUUUUGCUACUCUAUGCGGAGGUUAUGUCCAGUGAUUUUAUAGAGGAUUUCUGCGAAACUGACAUGUUUUCAGCUCAUCUUGAUAUCAUGUUUUCAGAAAGUUGUCCACUUUUACCAUGGGAUAAAGAAAACCAUUAUGCCCGUGAAGUUAUUGAACUCUACUAUGAGGCUGGUUCUGGGGUUAGUCUGUCUAAGACCAAAAUUCUCCAUUAUCUCCUAGAAGGAACUGCAGCUGCUAAUGUGGAAAACAUUGGAGAGGAAGAAAAAGAUGCAGCUGAUGGUUCUCCUUAUGGUAAUUCUACAGGUUCAUUCAAAUGGGUCAAAGUGAAUGAAAAAAGAACACUUCAUGAUGUAUUGAAAGAACAAAACUUCAUUGUCCCAAUGAUACCAGUCUUUUACGUAGUUUCAAAAAGAUCCAGCUUUUACAAAGACUUCAGAGCUGGAAAAUGGGCACCUCCAGUGUAAAUAGAAUGUACCUGCUAGGCAGUUAGCGUUGGUUCUUAUUGUAUCUUGAGAGAGUCAAAGCAAGCAGUUUUUACGUACUCUGUUAUACAGUGGUAAUGGCGUUCAUUUGCAGAAGCUGUUGCUUGGACUCUAGACGUUAAGAAGCAGCUUUGAGUAUGUUAAGCUAAGUCAAGCUGUUCAUCCGCAAAGACAAGGUUGAAGUAUUAUUUUCUAAGGGGUUUUCAUUUGUAAGUUAGUUGCUGUUUCAUAGUUGUUAUAUAACAAACACAAAAGUCGUUGGAA